ACUUGACGGGGCACUGCCUUUGGUAUUCAAAGGCAUUUGCUGCCAAGUUCUUUUAGCGUUUUACAUUUUGUGAAACAUAAAAUCAAAUUCUGUCGUGCAUUGGAACAUUUUUCUGCUAUUUUUCGCGUUUCCUUCUGUGACGGGGCGUUGAACAUCCCAUAAUAGUCUUUUCCAACAUGGCGGACAUCUGUGCAAAAUUGGCCCAAUUUUCAAGAAUGACCUGUCUUCGCGGCGAAAUAUCGUACUUCUGAAGCUAUCUGGAUAGAUUUUAGCAAACGAAGACAGGUAUAGCAGCAUCUGACAAUGGCUAAGUGUUCUCAGACAGCCCGAGAGUUCAUACAGAACGCCUUUGGGCCGGCGGUAGCGGUGCAAUGUAGCCCGGAUGCCGAGCAGGUUUGCCAAAAGAACAACCUGUCGUUUGUGGAAAUGGUCAGGCCUUUCUGCAAACUUACUACGGAAGCCCAUGUCCGAGAUCCGACCAAUCAGGUGCAUGUCAUCCACAACCUCCGCAUCAUCAUGAGUGAGAUGGACACGCAGCAGCCCGUGCCCGCCAUGGCCAGGAAAAUGCUGAACGACGCGGUGUCCAACACCCAGCCUCAGACUGUGGAGGGCAGCAGGGCAGACUUCAUCACUGUGGGAGAAUAUAACCUGCAACUCAACAGCUCCACCCCUUGGUUUGAAGCGUACAGAGAUACGUUCCUCCAGGUGUUACCAUUAUCUGACCACGAGUACCUGAGACAUCUGGUAGCCUGUGUCUGUGUGGUGUCCUCCAAGCACACGGACCCCAUGGCAGAGUUCACCAGACUGAGUCAGCAGCAACAUGAGCUGCAGCACACAUCCCAGGCCAAGUACCCCAAGUGGUUCACUCCCAACACAUACAAGUACUAUGUACUACUACAUGAUGUCGCAGAGGGGGAUGAUAGCAGAGCGGAAGAGGUCUUCAAAGGCAUGAAGUCCAGUUAUGGCCAAAAUGGCUGCCACUUACUCAAGGUCAACUCGCGACCUCUAAACUCUGCCAAGGAAAACAGCGCCGGUGGUCCGGAGACAAUGACAGGAAACUUGCCAGACCCCUGGAGUCAGUUCCUGAAUAAAAAGGAUGUGGAGCAUGAUUCCCCAGACAGUGGACAGAGCGGACACUCCACAGAGAACACAGACACCUUCCCUGAUAAGGUGACAGAGUCCGAGCCAGAUCAAGGUGUGACCGUCACCCCUCCUCCAGAAACUAACUCUGUGCAUGAGCCUCCAGCAGAAGCCAGCUCAGAAGAGGAGAAAGAGCCAGAGGCUGAGGUGAUCUCCCAUCCUCUGGAGCAGAGCGAUGAUGAGCCAGAACUCACCAAGUCUCGUGCUGAGACAGAGGACUCCUACAAUGCAAACAGCACGGACACCAUGAACCAGCUGAACGAGGCGGCCAGACGGAAGGGUAACGUCCCCCACGGGCUGUACCUGACCUUGAGCGACCAUGACAGACUGAGGAUAUUUGCACACGAGUUUGCAGUUCGAGGUCUGCUGCCACACAUAGAGAGAACUAUCAGGACACUGAAUGAACAACUUGCCUCCAGAAAGGGACUGCACCGAUCAUUCUUCAGUGCUACCAAGAAGUGGUUUGGUGGGAACAAGCAGGCAGAGAAGGGCUCUGGAGUACAGAGCAACAACGGUGGAGGGAUCUAUUCGGAGGCCUCAGCAGAGGUCCAGCUGCGGAAGCUGGGUGACCUGUGCUUCCUGGUACAGAUGUACGAUCUGGCCUACACGUCCUAUCACACUGCCAAGAGGGACUACACCAACGACCAUGCCUGGAUGCACGCAGCUGGCAGUCUGGAGAUGGCAGCCCUAUCAGUGUUCAUGCAGGGAUCCCCACAGAGACAGUACCCCUCCCACUACAUGGACUCUGCCAUACAGAUGUAUAACCAGACAUGCAAAAAUCCCCAGUUUGCCACCAGAACCACCCUGCUAAGCACAGAGAUCCUGAAGAGUAUGAACCUGUUUGGAGAUGCUGCCAUGCAGUUCAUCAAGAUGACCAGUGAGGAUUCUGACUUGAGAAGUGCCCUGUUGUUAGAGCAGGCUGCCCACUGUUUCACGUCCAUGAAGAUGCCCAUGGUCAGGAAAUAUGCCUUCCACAUGAUCCUGGCUGGUCACAGGUUCAGCAAGGCUGGGCAGAGGAAACAUGCCCUGAGAUCCUACUCUCAAGCAAUGCAGAUCUACAAAGGGAAGAGCUGGACUCUAGCUGAGGACCACAUCAACUUCACGAUUGGUCGUCAGUCCUUCAACUUGAAGCAGCUGGAGAAUGCCGUGUCUGCCUUCAGACAUCUGCUCAUCAACGAGAGCAAGCAGACACCCACCCAGCAGACUGCCUUCCUCAGAGAGUACCUGUUUGUCUUUAAGGCCAUCACUGCCAAAACCAGGACCUCAAAUGGUGGCAUGACAGAGGAUGAGACAGAUGAGGAAGAACAUUGGCUGACCACAUCAGUGAAUGAAGGUACGACGGUGCCAGGUACCCUCCCCCAGCUGCCCCUGCCCUACAUCAGGACUGCAGACACCAGGGUUUUACUGUGCCAAGAGAGUCAGUUUCCAACUACAACAGGCAGUAGAACCAGGGCAACAUCAGUGAGUCUGGAGCAGCCUCUGGACCGCCCCACCCUGCAGAAGUGGAUUGAGCUGGAGGACCUGGCUGUACGGGUGGCCAAUAACGGGUCCCUGCCAGCCAGCUAUCGCCCAACUGUCCAGUGUCUGGGGAAGUGCAGUAAUAAUGCCCACCGUCCAGUCUGUGUGGUGGGAGAAACCCUGACAGUAGAAGUGGUGUUCAGUAACCCCCUGAGGAUCCCCCUGGUCCUGUCGGACCUCCUGCUGAUCUGGAGGUUUGUGCCCAUCAAGUACAUGGGUCCUGGUGGGGAGGACAAGCAGCAUGACAUGAUCACCAACGAGAACAUCGAGCCGGGGAAGAUGUCACUAGCUGGAGAAGUACUGCACACCCAGGUCAUCAAGGAGUUUGUACUCGCUGCACAGGAGACAAAACCUGCUCGGUUGAUUCUGGUUCCCCAGCAGACUGGUGAGCUGCGGAUCCUAGGAGUGGCUUACAGCCUCGGGGGAGGCUCCUCCCAACAACAACAUGUCUCCACCUCAGGCAUAGCAGGUCUACAAACCCCACCACCCAGUCCACAAUCCCAGCCUCCUGCAGUGGUAACCCAGCAACCCAUGCUGUCACCCUCACCCACGGUGACACCCCCCGGGACCACCCCCCUCACCUCCUCCUCCAACCAGCUGGUCCCCCCGACCACCGGCAGUCCCAAACCGCCCCCUAAGAAGCCCAGCUACAUCAGCAGUGUGUAUGUGAGAGGGAAACAGGAGCUGGAGAUCCAGGGUCCAAGACUCAACUCCACCAAGCAGGAGAGAUGCAGCACCAUCUAUGGUUCAGACAGACGGCUGGACCCUAUCGUGGCUCCUUCCAUGCCACUGUUAGAGGUGUCCUUCCUCAACUUUCCAACAGCCCUUCUCUGUGGAGAAGUCCAACAGACCCUUGUGGAAUUCACCAACACGGGCAAGUGCACGCUGCACAGACUCAGAGUAGCUUCCAGCAACCCGGAAUUCUUUUCCUUCGGAAUUACGCAGCCGGAAGAGCAAAGAACUUCCAAGUACAUUUAUAAGACCUUGCCGUUGGAUGGGGAUGAGAGUGGGAAGGCCCUGUCCGCUAAGAUGUGCAAUGUUACCGAUGUUAUAGACGUUCCCUUGCCGGAUGGAACGUUAGCGCCAGGUGCGACAGCUUGCCUGCCCAUGUGGGUACGUGGAGUAAACUCAAGUGGGGUGCAUGAGAUAGACUUCCUCUUCUACUACCAAAGUUUGGAGAAGAACCCCAAGAUGAGUCACCGAGUCCUGCACCACACUGCUGUAGUACAGACCAGUAACUCCCUGUGUAUCCGGGCGGUGGCAGAGCGCAGCAGACUGGCGCAGGUGUCCAGUCACCAGGACGACACCAACUGUCUGGUCAUCAACCUGGGCAUGGAGAACCUCAACCAGAUAAACAGCUGGAACCCCCUUUCAACCAUCCAGUUGGCUCCAUUACCAUUGAUCCAUGACUCCAACAUCACAGAGUUUACCAUACUGCAAGUAUCAGCAGCCAGCCCUGUAUGGACCCUCACCCCCAUCAGUACACAGUGCAAUAUAGACAUGAGAAUCAAUGGGAAGGAGUCUAUUCUGAUGUGCUUCAAGGCACAGAAACUAAAGAAACCUUGUGCAGAAGACGAGGUUGUGUUCACCAACAUUGUUUACAACAAAGAACAGAUUGACAGUUCGGUCACCCCCUGUUCAGACUUCUACUUCCGCUCCCUGUACGUCCCCUCUCCCCGCCCCUCCCCCUCUGACCCCAACCCCGCCAUGGAGCAGCCCCCCGACGAGGCAAAGGUUGCAGAGGACCAGUCCAAGGCAGAGCUGGAAGCUGCAACCAAAGUGCAACUUAGUCUCAUGGUUAUAUGGAAGGCAUUUGUUGUCGAUGACACCGGUAGUCAUGUGAUCACAGGUCAGCAUCACCUGACACUGGACCGCUUGGACAAACCAGCCUCCUCAUUGGCUGAACCAGAGGUCAGCUAUCGCUCACUUGAGCCUGUAGUGGAGCAGCCUCCCAUCACCUUCACCAAGCAGGAGGAGGCCGCCGUGGACCAGGGUGCUGGUGAUGAGAACUUGUCUCAGCUGGUCAAGUACACAGUGAACCACCCCAAGGAGAGCACACACUCCUUCAACACUGACAGACUGUGUGUGGUUGGAGUGACCCUGGUGGUGCACAACUGCAGCGGGUGUGAGCUGUACAUACAGGUGGAGACAGACCCCACCUCUCAGAAUGGUGCCCUGAUGCUGAAGUCGCCCGUGCACCAGCCCACCAUCUCGUACCUGAACACCUUCACGUGGAUCAGCGGAGCUGCGCUGGGGUUCAGCCUGGCGGCCGGAGAGACACGACAGCUGACCAUGGAGGCCUGUUUCUGCCGGCCGGGAGUCUACAACCUCAGCAACAUCAACAUCUUUGCGGGGAGGGGGGCGGGCAAGGGGGCAGAGGUCGAGGUUAACUUAGAAGAACUAGCUUUACAGAGACAGAAUGCUCCUUCUCUCAUGGUGGUUAGUAAUUCUGUUUAAUUUUUUUCCAGGCAUUGUUACAUGCAGAUACAUACAACUUCUACAUCAUAACUUCAUCCAACAGCAAGAAGCGCUGGAUAUCUUAAAAGUAUUUAUGGAAUGUGUGGAAUGGGAGUAUUUUUUAUGGUGCUCUUCUAUCAACAUGGCAUGAAAGACAGGCAAAGUACAUGUACUUUCAAGUUUGCUGCACUACAUUGUAUCAGUAACACAAGGUAUUAAAAACUCACUCUCUGGCUAAAUCUUAACUUCUUUUGUAACUUCAAGUUCGUUGAUGAUGUAAUCAGUUACUGUAGAGUACACAUGGAAAAUAUUAUAAGGAUACAGAUAACUUUUUCUGUACAUAACAUACAUAUAUAUAUGUUGUUUUUCUACUUUCUGAAUUUUGAAAGUGGUGCUCAAAAUCAAAAGAUCAUCCAGAAUGUAUUGGCUGGUUUGGCUGUCAUUUUACCCAACAGAAGGAAAUUAUUAUCAAUCUGAGUUUCCAUAAUAAUGCACCAUUGUAGUCUUGGUACAUACUGACAUUACUUAUCACAGUAAUGCUAAAUGUAUUUAGAUUACAGUCAGGCAAAGUAUGGUAUCUCCACUGUUGGUGUCACCUUUCUCUCAUACACUUUCUAUCCUUGUCUUAAUAGCUAGGGAAAACAACAUCCGACAACAUCCGAUAGUUUUCUCUUUAGGUGCUCUUGUUAAGUAGUUUUGUCUUAUAGUGUUGCAAACAAGACCUUUCAGUGGAGGUUGGAGAUUAUUUUUUUGCUUUAAAAGGCUAAACAACAUGUCUGAUAACAUUUAGGAUCAAAUGGUAGGCAGGCAAAGGCCAUCUACCACGUCAUAGUUACAUAGAUACAUAUUCUGUGGACUUUUGCUUUAAGUCUUUGGCAAAUGUGAAAAGGAUGUGUUUUAAUGCCAGUUGUCCAUUAGGCAGUCCUUUGUGCCUGUAGGAGGGAUAAAUGUUGAAAUAAGAGAUUUGUUUGGGCCUUGUUUUGUUAGCUUCCUGGUAAUCACAUUUCAUGCCAGUCUGGGUUCAAAAAUGGUUUUGUAACUGAUUUUGCCCCCGAGUCCCCUCGUUUUCAUGCUGGCGCAGAAAAAAAUUGUAGAAGGAUUAUAUACAUUUUUUUUAUAUUUUAGCUACUUUUACAUCUCACCCAACAGACAAUACUGCCUACAUGUAUUAUUUUCCUAUUUUUUUUCCAGUUUAAAUCUUCCAAUUCAAGUUUUAUAGCUUUCAAGUACCCACACAUACACUUAAGGUAACAGAUGUAAUCAACAAUCAGAAAUAAGUUGUUUUCUUUUUUCAAUAAAAGUUUUAAAAGAAUGUCAGUGUUAUGAGGUUGUACUGUUUGCUGCUAUGAUUGCCAAACUGUGAAUGUACUGGUAUGUUCAAGAAAAGAACUGAGUCCUUUCAUAUCAUUAACACAUUGUGAGAAAUAUAUAUCUUGCUUCCAAUAAUGGUAUCUGAUGAGCAUUAUGAUUAUAUCAUAGCAAAUAUCUAAAUAUGAUAAAACUAGAUGUAAAUACAACAGGAUAGCCAAGUACAUUAUUGGCUUCAUAUGAUAAGUAUCUGAAAUAUUGUUAUUUGAGUUAUGUUUUGCACAUGAUGAUUUUGUCUGAUGAUGCUAUGAAAGUUAAUCAUUAUCAUUAGAAUCUAAUUUUAAAUAUUGCAGAUAUUUACUGCAGGUUUUCUUUAAUGUGGAAUAAAUAUUAACAGAGAUCUCAUAAACAGUUUUGGUCCUAACUGCCAGGACCUAACAUUGUCCUCUGUUGGGAAACACAUAAGGAUGUACAUGAAGCUUUAUACUAUACAGUUUAUUCCUGCAAGUCAAUGUCAGUGUAAAGACUACAGACGCCAGGCAGACGAUUGAAAGUGGAUGUACUCAAAGGCUAUUUAGAAGCAGAUGGGUAUGUGCUAUAUCUGUUACUCCUGUUUCGAAUUCUGGUACUUGUUACUGGUAUUUUCUUUCAAGAGAAUAAUUUUAAUUUUAACAAUUUUGCUGUACUUGUUGAGAAGGGAUGAUAUACAUGUAACCACAGCAAGUACAUAUGUUGUCAAAGUUUUCACCAAAACUAUGUAUAAAACUUUUCAUUCUCAGAAAUAUGAAUGCUGGGAGAGAACAUUAUAAAACACAAAAGUCAAAACCAAGAAGACUAUCUUAAGCUCUGUGGAGACCAAAAGAUUUAUGAUUAAGAUUGAUUGGAUCUGCUUGUGAGGGAAGCUAUCUCUUAAUUUUGCGUAAAAUCCACAAAUUGGUAAUUGAUGUAGCACAUUGUUAUUUACACAAACAUCAUAAAGAGCUAAUGCAAUAUUGGGAGAAAAAGUUGCCCUAUUUUAGGACUGCACUUGAGUGUUGGUACUUGACUACAUGAUGUACAUGUACAUACUGAGAUCUUUGAUGUAUCAAACAAGUGCUAGAAGAAUAUGAUAGAAUUCUGUAUAUGUAAUGUAGCAUGGAUGACAAUGAGGUUGUAAUGUUUGCAGAGAUGAGAAUGUAAUAUGCUUUUAAUGGAAUAAUAAAAUUGCAUCAAACAGA